AUGGAUAAUAUUUGGGAUGUGAAAAUAUGGCGUGAAGUAGAAGGAUAUUUCCCAGAUGACAACAAUGGAAGCCGAAUCAUGUUUACAAGUCGUAAUCAAAGACUGGCUUUCCAGGUCGAUCAAAAUUCCAUUUCACAUCAGCUUUGGCUGUUUUCAAAGGAAGAAAGCUGGGAUUUAAUGAAGGGGAAGCUAUUCUCUGGCGAUAGUGGAUGUUCACUAGAAUUCACAAAGAUUGCAAAAAGAAUUGCAAAUCGUUGCAAAGGCCUGCUUUUAGCAGUUGCAUUAAUUUCCUCACUUAUAGGAAGGAUGAAGAGACAGUUGGAUUUGUGGAACGAAGUUGCAGAAAAUUUGAAGUCACGUAUUGCUAGUGAGGGGUGUCAAAAUGUGAUUGAACUAAGUUAUAAAUUUUUACCAGAACAUUUGAAAUCGUGCUUUCUUUACUUUGGUGCAUUUCCGAGGGGAGAAAACAUUUGUGCUAGUACACUGGAUUGCCUAUGGAGUGCUGAGGGCUUUAUCAAGGUUGAUGAUACACAAUGCACCAAAGAUUUGGCAAAAGAAUACUUGAAUAAUCUCGUUUCUGAAAACUUAGUUGUUGUCUCUGAAAGAAAUUCCAUGGGUGGGAUAAAGGAAUGUAAUGUACAUGAUCUGUUAUAUGAUUUCAGCUUUGAGAAAGGUAGGGCAGAGAAUUUCUUAAAUUGGAUGGAGAAGAGUCUUUUCAUGGACCAAAGCUCUACUAGUCCCAAAAAGUAUGUCUGCCAUCGGCUUUCCAUUUGUGAUACUGACUCUUUGAUCAGGCCAAAACCAAUUCAUAUUAGAAACGAGUUACCAACAAGCAAAGUCUAUUCAUGUCUAUGGUUAGGUCAUCCUGCUGCAAGACAAGAAAGAACUCAAUUUAAUGUUCUGAGUCGUAAUUGCUUCAGAGUUCUUAGAGUGCUGAAUAUGGAAGGAAUUUAUGUGAAAAGCAAUCAGUUUCGAGAAAUUUUAUUGUUCAACAUUCAUCUCAGAUACUUGGCAGUAACUUUGGCGGACCAGUGCGGACUCAUUCCAUCAUCAAUAUCUAAUCUGUGGAACCUUGAAACUUUCAUAGUAAGAUAUUAUAAUCUUGCUUAUCCGUUACCUAAUUCAAUGUGGAAGAUGAGAAGUUUAAGACACGUUGAAUUGCUUUGCCCUGAACUGGACAUGCAAAAUUUCGAGGAUGUUGAUUCUGUUGGAGCAAGUAGCAUUGAGACACUUGGUAGUCUUGUCCUUGUUUAUGAUAGCAAUACAGUGAAAUAA